AUGAUAAAGUAGACAUCAAAAGUUUAUGAAUCAUUUGAGUAGUUUUGUGAAUUAUAAUAAAAGUGGAUAAAAUAAGAACACGAAGAAGAACAAAAAUUCAUUUAAUUAAUAAGCUAAGAAUUGACUUAUACUCAAAUUAUACAAAUUGGUUAUGGAUUAGGAAGAUUGAAAUUAACCAAAACUAAAUUGACAUUUGGUAAUAGAUAAGUACUUGUUUUUGAAUAAUAAUAAAAAUUAUAACAAUAAGAAGACAACAAAGAAGAAUAAACCAAAGAAUUUUCAGAAGUAAAAUAAGAAAAUUUUAGAUUAAAACAAGGUGAUCAAGUGGGCAUUUAUAUAUGGUCUAACGUCUUAACUUCAUAAAAAUUUAAAAAUCCAGAAGCAAUUGGUGUAAUUGAUAGAUAUAGAAAGAACUUAAGAAUUAUUUUAGAACAAAAUUGUAAAAUCCCAGAUGAUAAUUCAAUCUAUGGGAUUUGUUUACAGGAAAAUCAAGUCACAUAUAAAAGACAUUUAUAAGUAAUUGAUGAUAUAAAAUAAUAAUAUGAAAAGCAUCCAAUUAUAUAGAUAUUGUUUGGUGAUUAAGAUGAAAAAAUGAAGGAGAAAAUAAAUUAAAAUAUGGAAUUCUAGGGUGAUACAAUAAAAUAAUUAAACGAUUAACAAAAGAUUGCAGUUCAAAAGGCAAUGAAUCAGCCUCAUAUUUCUUUAAUACAUGGUCCUCCUGGAACAGGAAAAACAAGAACUGUUUGUGAAUAUAUUAAAUAAGCUGUUUUGGUUCAAAGACAUAAAAUUUUAGCAUGCGCCAAUUCUAAUAUUGCAGUUGAUAAUAUGAUUGAAAGAAUUUAGAAUAUAAGUUAAUUGAAGGUUUGUAGAAUAGGUAAUCCUGCAAGGAUGACAGAUUAAGUCAGAUAUGUUUGUAUUGAUCAAUUAGUGAAAAAGACUACAAGUUAUGCAAUAAUGAAGACAAUAAAAACAGAGAUUUAAUAGAUUGAAAAAAAACUUAAUAGAGCUGAGAGAAGAGAAGCUGCUGAACUUAGGGAUAAAUUAAAAUAAAAAAAAAAGGAGUAUUUUGAAUAAUAAUAAUUGGCUUAUGAGGAGGCUAUUUAAGAUUGCUAAGUAAUAUUUAGUACAAAUGUUGGAAGCGGUUAAUUUCAAUUUUAAUAACUAACCAAAAAUAUUAAAUUUGAUGUUGUUGUUAUUGAUGAAUGUGCACAAUCAUUAGAAAUAAGUUGUUGGAUUCCAAUUCUUAAAGGAAAUAAAGUAGUCUUAGCUGGAGAUCAUUGCUAGUUACCCCCAACUGUAAAAACUAAAAAUACUGGAUUGGAAAUGACCUUAUUCGAGAGAGUUGAAAAUGAACUUCACGUUAACAUUUUAUUAACUGUGUAAUAUAGAAUGAAUAAAUCAAUUAUGUAAUGGUCAUCUUAAGAAUUUUAUGAUGGUCAUUUGGUUGCUGAUUAAACAGUUGCAAAUAGAACAGUAAGUGAUACAAUUUUACUCUUUGUUGAUACUUCAUGCUGUGAUUUUUAUGAAUAACAAUAAGAAAGUUUAUUAUAUUUUGAUGAUUAAAAUAAAUCCAAAUAUAAUGUUGGCGAAGCAGGAUUAGUGUAAAUAAUUUCUGAAGAACUGAUUAACCUGGGUGUUUAGAAAUAAGAUAUUGGAAUUAUUACACCUUAUAAUGCUUAAGUUUAAUUAUUAAAGUCUAAAAUUAAUGAUAUUGAAAUUUCAACCGUGGAUGGAUUUUAAGGAAGAGAAAAAGAUUGUAUCAUAAUUUCAAUGGUCAGAUCUAAUCAGAUGGGAGAAGUAGGUUUCUUAUGUGAAUCUAGAAGAAUGAAUGUUGCUGUUACAAGAGCCAAAAAAUUUGUUUGCCUUAUAGGGGAUAGUGAAACAGUUUCAAAUGAUGCCUUUUUGAAAAGAUUAAUUGAUUACUUUGUAGAAAAUGGAGAAUAGAGGAGUGCAUAGGAAUAUUAACACGAUGAUAAGAUUUAAAUCCCAAUGAAGAUAGAAUAAGUUUAGUAAGAUAUAAAGACCAGGUUAAAUACAUAAUCUCAAAAGCAACAUCCUCAUUUUUAUAAUAAAAUUGAAAAUCAAUAAAUAGAGCAAAAUCUUGUUCAAUAAGAAUAAGAUUAAAAUAUUAUAUCUUAGGUUGAAUAAUAGAUUCUUCAUUUUAUAAAUUCAAAAGAUCAAGAACUUAUUUUAAAAAAAGUAAAAUGGUUUUCAAAGAAAAGAGCUUCAUGA